AUGGGCUCAACAUCUACCACCAGUUCUCUCGUACUCGAGGAGGCGACCAUCGAAGACUUCCCCGCUAUCCGAGACAUCUGGUUCGCAGCCUUCACACAGCCGGUGAUUGGAGCUAUUCCCCGACUCUCCGGGGACGAACAAAGCCGCCCACGACUCGUUGCUUUUGGCAAAUGGGACCUGUCCAUGACAGAAGAGCGCGGCCGUCGCUUUCCGCAGUGGCAUCCCAGUUCACCUUAUGAGCGCUGCGAGGAAUUCAUUGAUAUCCUUGAGAAGGAGAGGAUGCGUGUAAUGGGUGAUGAGAAACAUUACUACCUAGAUACCGUCGGCACCCACCCCAAUUAUCAACGUCGUGGCGCUGGCUCGAUGCUGGUUCAAUGGGGUUGCGAUCUCGCUGAUCGAGAUGACGUUUCUGCAUACGUGGAUGCCAGCAAGGAGGGUGCUCCGGUGUACCAGAAGCAUGGUUUUGUAGAUUACAGCUUACCAGGCUCUGAUGUUGCGUCGUUGGCUCGUCGGAAGAAGACUGCAUGA